UUGAUGUAUCCCUUUCCGAGAAACUGCGCUGAAACUCUAAACCCACUCACUCCUCCGUCACCAUCUACCACAGAUCGAACGCACAGAAGAAGAAACCCUGCUUCUGCUACCCAAUUCAGCUAGCUAGGGUUUCAUUUCCCAUUUCACCCCCUCACAACAAUUUCUCUAUGGAAUGCUGAUUUUUCCUUCUGUUCCUCCAUCCCUAAACUCAACCCAAUCGCAUCUUUGACCAAUCUGGUGCAGCCAAUUCCACGACAUAUGAUAUGAAACCGUUGUCGUGGACGAAGCCUCUUCUUCUGCUCUCUCUGCUUCUCUCCGCUCGCGUUCUCUCCGAUGAUUCCAGCAACAAAAAUUCCUUCCGCGAACGUGAAGCUACCGACGACUCCCUCGGAUACCCCGAAAUUGAUGAGGAUGCUCUAGUGAAUUCGAAGUGCCCUAAGAAUUUGGAAUUGAGAUGGCAAACGGAAGUUAGUUCCAGCAUCUAUGCAAAUCCCUUGAUUGCUGAUAUUAACAGUGAUGGGAAGCUUGAAAUUGUUGUUCCCUCUUUUGUUCACUACCUUGAAGUUCUAGAAGGUGUUGAUGGGGACAAAAUGCCAGGUUGGCCUGCUUUCCACCAAUCAACUGUGCAUUCUAGUCCUCUUCUAUAUGACAUUGACAAAGACGGAGUGAGAGAAAUAGCUUUGGCAACCUACAAUGGCGAAGUUCUGUUUUUCAGGGUUUCGGGCUAUAUGAUGUCAGAUAAGAUGGAGGUCCCACGUAGGAAAGUGCUAAAAAGUUGGUUUGUGGGCUUGAAGCCUGACCCAGUGGAUCGCUCACAUCCUGAUGUUCAUGAUGAUCAACUUGUCCAAGAAGCUACUGUCAAGAAUUCUAUGUCCCGUAACAAUGGGUUCAGCAAGGUGUUUAAGUUUGGACUUUCAUGUGAUUUUGAAAUGUACAUUUAUGUAAUGAAAUUUUAUCUUUGUGUAAUGAUUCUCCUUGUAGAAAUGAAUGGAAGUAGACAAGAAGUCAACACUUCAGCAGCCACAUCGACAGAAAGUACACUUGAAACCAAAAAUGUGUCAAAUCCAGAGCCUGAAAAGAAGAUAAAUGGAAGUCAAGUAGAUGAGAAUAUUAAGGUGCCAACAAUUGUUGAUAAUUCCUCUGUGAAUACUGGGGCUGUGGAAACUGUUAAUGCAGAUAAUACAACCAGCACUGGGAGACGUCUACUGGAAGAUAACAACUCCAAAGGAGCAGAGCAAGGUAGUUCUGAAUCCAACGAUAAGGAGGCUACUCAUGCUGCAACUGUGGAGAAUAGUGAAGGCCUUGAAGCAGAUGCUGAUUCAUCUUUCGAGUUAUUCCGUAAUAGUGAUGAACUGGCUGAUGAGUAUAGCUAUGAUUAUGAUGAUUAUGUUGAUGAAUCAAUGUGGGGUGAUGAAGAAUGGACUGAAGUUAAACAUGAAAAAUUAGAGGAUUAUGUGAAUGUUGACUCUCACAUCUUGUGCACUCCUGUCAUUGCAGAUAUUGACAAUGAUGGUGUUUCAGAAAUGAUUGUUGCUGUUUCUUAUUUCUUUGACCAUGAGUAUUAUGACAACCAGGAGCAUAUGAAAGAACUGGGUGACGUUGACAUUGGGAAAUAUGUUGCUGGUAGUAUUGUUGUUUUUAAUCUUGAUACGAAACAAGUUAAAUGGACUGCAGAACUUGAUCUGAGUACAGAUACUUCAAACUUCCGUGCCUACAUAUAUUCUUCCCCAACUGUUGUAGAUUUGGAUGGUGAUGGGAAUCUGGACAUUCUUGUUGGAACUUCAUAUGGUCUGUUCUAUGUGUUGGAUCAUCAUGGUAAUGUUAGAGAAAAGUUCCCUCUUGAAAUGGCUGAGAUUCAAGGAGCUGUUGUUGCAGCUGAUGUUAAUGAUGAUGGGAAAAUUGAGCUAGUUACUGCUGAUACACAUGGAAAUGUUGCUGUAUGGACUCCAAAAGGAGAUUUGAUAUGGGAAAAGCAUCUAAAGAGUCUUAUUCCACAGGGUCCAACUGUUGGUGAUGUUGAUGGGGAUGGCCAUACUGAGCUUGUUGUGCCAACACUGUCUGGGAAGAUUCAUGUUCUUGAUGGCAAGGAUGGGUCAUCUAUUGGGCGGUAUCCAUAUCAAACUCAUGGAAGAAUAAUGAAUCAAGUUCUUCUAGUUGAUUUAAAUAAACACAAGGAGAAAAAGAAAGGAUUAACUAUUGUUACCACAUCAUUUGAUGGUUAUUUGUACCUCAUUGAUGGACCUACAGGAUGUGCCGAUGUUGUGGACAUCGGUGAAACUUCGUAUAGCAUGGUCUUGGCAGACAAUGUUGAUGGUGGGGAUGACCUUGAUCUAAUUGUCACAACUAUGAAUGGCAAUGUCUUUUGCUUCUCAACUCCCUCUCCUCAUCAUCCCCUCAAGGCGUGGAGAUUGCCUAAUCAAGGAAGAAAUAAUGUUGCAAAUCGGUACAAUCGUGAAGGUAUCUAUAUUACUCAUCCCUCUAGGGCAUUCCGUGAUGAGGAAGGCAAGAGCUUCUGGGUGGAAAUUGAGAUUGUAGAUAACUACAGGUACCCAUCUGGGCAUCAAGGACCAUACAAUGUCACUACUUCCUUGCUAGUACCUGGUAAUUACCAAGGAGAGAGAACAAUAAAGCAGAACUUUACCUAUUAUCAACCUGGUAAACAUCGGAUUAAGCUGCCAACUGUGUCAGUAAGGACCACAGGAACAGUUUUGGUUGAGAUGGUUGACAGGAAUGGACUCUAUUUCUCUGAUGAUUUCUCACUUACAUUCCAUAUGCACUACUAUAAACUGUUGAAGUGGCUUCUUGUUCUUCCAAUGCUUGGGAUGUUUGGUGUGCUUGUAAUCCUUCGGCCACAAGGCUCAAUGCCGUUACCAUCAUUUUCGAGGAACACUGAUUAAUGAUGAUUACUUUGUUUUAUACACUAGGCACAAUUGAGUUCAGAAAAUGUGAAUAUUUUUAUGUUAAAAUGAGUAGAAUCUGUUGUGUUGUAUGCCUUGGUGCUGCGGCAGGCUUUGAUCGCAUAGGUGAAGCAAAUCUUUCUAUAAGCUGAAUUAUUGUUCAGAUAAGGUUUGCUUCAGAGAUGAUUCUUGCAACACAGCGAAUGAGAUCUGGAUAUUGGGAUUUUGCCCUUGAUGUUGUAGUGUAGUGUAAUUUGAUACUGAAAUGUUUCACUGAACUAUAGUUUUUUUGGCAUCUACAACGGAAUAGAUAUUUAAU